UUGUGUCACUACUGUCACUGUCAUUAAAAGUUGACCCCAUAUGGUUUAGGAAUAAACGCCUCCUAAUUCGUUAAUUUUUACUGUGUAAAUAAACUAAAUUAGUUGUAAUGAAAUGGCACAAUUAUCCAACAUACUUCUCUAUCAAAUACUAACAGUAACAGUUAUUAGUCUCGCUUCAAGCGCCUUAAACACCACAUCAAUUAAGACGAACAAUGGUUCUAAUACAACAGUGGCAGCUAAAAUUCAUAACCAAACAGCUAAUAUUAUCAACGGGACUCAUAAGGGCAGAGAAGGUGUGAUCACUUUGGACAGCCAUGACAAAAACAAGACUACAUCGAUUGUGGUAAAACCACUCGUUGCUCCAUCGACAAACCCAAGUAUUGUAAACAAAACUUCCAAACCUGCGAUGCCUUUCAACAAAACAAAUACUUCAAAUACUCAUAAAGCAGCUGUAGUACCAGUAACAAUUAAACCGAAAAAACCUACAUAUACAGAACACGAUGAAGGUGUACCUGCAAUGGUAAAAUCCGAUGCCGUUUUACAUAGCCCAAACACCGAUCAUAUCAUAGACCCCAAAAUGGAUAAGAAAGUGAGAAGAGCCGAUUACAUAGUGCCGAUUGUAGCAGUUAUCUUGUCAGUGCCGCUCGUUGCCAUUAUCCUUUCAGUGUUGUAUAAAAGGGGCAAGGAUUGGUGGCAGCAUAGAAAUUAUAGACGAAUGGAUUUCCUAAUCGAAGCAAUGGCUGAACCGUCAAGGAUCUUUUACGAAGAGGAAAGCCAUUCGAGUCGUCUGGCUAGGAAAUCUAGGGAAACCCCAUUUUUCCCUAUCGCUAUUGGUGUUUGUUCGGCAGCAGUGGCAUAUGGCGCGUACGCAUUCAAAAAUAGGGGCAGCAUGAGCACCAGCGUUUAUUUAAUGCACCUUCGAGUAGGGGCCCAAGGAGCUGCAGUGGCAUCUUUAACCCUCGGUUUACUUUACACAAUGAUCAAUAGGGAAUUAAACAAGAAAGAGUGAUGUUUCCCUUUAGUAGAGUAUUAAACGAUUGUAAAUUAUUGUUUUUAGGAAAUGAUAUUGUACCUAUUUAUAAAUUCUAAUUGAUGUUCCACUUCUAAAUAUUAAUUUAUUUUUAAAUAGAAAACGUGCUUCACUAAGUUGGUUUAUUAUUUCAAAUUCUAAUAAAGUUACAUAAAAUAUG